CGGAACUGGAGCUACAGAGAAAUGUUGUAUUUAGGUCUCUCUCUUUCUCCGCGUUGCUCUCGAGACAAAACCCAGCUGGCAAAUUCAUAUUAUGUCAUCGGAUUCCAAAAGGACGAAGCUUGUUGCAUAAUAUGUUGAGUUUUGAGUUCCUUUGUGGGCACUGCUUUGUUCUUCUGCUUCGAGGAUCUGAUGCCGAUGAUCGGGUGAUCUUUUUUUCUUUUUUUGGGAAUCUGAGUCAGCUUGAGGUUGUAUAGCUAAUGGUUUGGAUUUGAGUUUGAAUGGAGCGUCUAGGAUUUUGGGGAUUGUUGAUGGGUAGUGUGGAGAAGCCAUCGGAUUCUGUAAAUUCGCUGGCUUGCUCUUCGUCUACGAAGAAUGGAGAUGAAGAGAGUACUUCUUCAUCGAAGCAAGCUUCACCAUUGAGGAGUUCUGGAUCGAGAAAUACUAGCCCUUUAGGUCGAGUUGGGUCGAGAAACACCAGCCCUUCUAGGCAGAAAGUGGUUAAGACGAAACCUCGUGGUUUUGAGGAAGAAACAGUGGCUUCAUUUGGUAAACCAGUUGUUGCUGAUGUGCAGAUGGAGGAUGGUAUAUGGGCAAUGCUUCCUGAGGAUUUGCUCAACGAGAUUUUAGCUAGGGUUCCACCAUUUAUGAUAUUUCGAAUCCGAUCUGUUUGUAAGAAAUGGAACUCCAUUCUUCAAGAUAAUGCUUUUCUCAAGUUUCACUCAAAUGUCUCAUCUCAUGGGCCUUGUCUUCUCACUUUUUGGAAGAACUCCCCGCAGAUUCCACAAUGUUCAGUUUUUAGUUUGCCAUUGAAGACAUGGUACAAAGUUCCAUUCACAUUUUUGCCUCCAUGGGCUAUUUGGUUGGUUGGUUCUUCAGGUGGUCUCGUCUGCUUUUCUGGUCUUGAUGGUCUAACUUUCAGAACUUUAGUAUGCAAUCCGCUGAUGCAGAGUUGGAGGACUCUACCGAGUAUGCACUAUAACCAACAAAGGCAAUUGAUUAUGGUCGUAGAUCGGUCAGAAAAAUCGUUCAAAGUCAUAGCUACAAGUGAUAUUUACGGUGAUAAGUCACUGCCUACGGAGGUUUAUGAUUCCAAAACUGACAAGUGGUCCUUACAUCAAAUAAUGCCUGCGGUGAACUUAUGCUCUUCAAAAAUGGCUUAUUGUGAUUCCCGAUUGUAUCUAGAAACUCUUUCCCCUCUUGGUUUGAUGAUGUAUCGGCUUGAUACAGGGAAAUGGGAACACAUUCCAGCAAAAUUCCCAAGAUCAUUAUUGGAUGGUUACUUAGUCGCUGGAACUCAGAAGAGAUUGUUUCUCGUAGGAAGGAUUGGCCUCUACAGUACACUCCAAAGCAUGAGGAUAUGGGAGCUUGAUCACACAAAGGUUUCUUGGGUAGAGAUAAGUAGAAUGCCACCAAAAUACUUUCGAGCACUGCUGAGACUUUCGGCUGAGAGGUUUGAGUGUUUUGGACAAGAUAAUUUGAUCUGCUUUACAUCUUGGAAUCAAGGAAAAGGUCUUCUGUACAAUGUGGAUAAGAAGAUUUGGUCUUGGAUUUCUGGUUGUGCUUUACAGUCAUGCAACAGCCAAGUGUGCUUUUAUGAGCCAAGAUUUGAUGCCUCUGUCCACUGAACCAUAAAGGAAUUG